AUGUCGGACGACUCUCGGGAAAACAAGCUCGAUAAGCGCAGCAGCGAAUCACUCCACUCCCACCCGCUACAACAAACCCAAAGCCAUGUGCCGAAACCGGAAUCGCUACUGGCCGAAGUUAUGUUUGUAGGAGUGGUAGCUUGCGCACAACUCAUGACUCAGGCCGGACUUGCUCAAUCGAUUGCCCCGCUUACGAUCAUCGGCGACAGUUUCGGGACCAAAAACCCGGGCCAGUUGAGUUGGUUUGCAGCUGGUUACUCGCUCACGGUGGGAACCUUCAUCUUGAUAGCUGGAAGGCUGGGCGACACAUAUGGCCACAAGAAACUGUUCGUGCUUGGAUUCUUGUGGUAUUCCCUGUGGUCGCUGCUCGCAGGGUUCAGUGUUUAUUCCAACCAGAUUUUUUUCGACUGUUGUCGCGCUUUCCAAGGGCUCGGCCCGGCCUUCUUGCUCCCAAAUGCGCUUGCCAUCCUGGGUAGAACAUAUGAGCCCGGCGAACGCAAGAAUUUCAUUUUUAGCAUUUUCGGCGCAACUGCCCCGGGAGGAUUUGUGCUUGGAGCUGUUUUCUCCUCGAUUUUCAGCCAGCUGUUGUGGUGGCCAUGGUCUUACUGGGUCAUGUCAAUUGCAUGUCUAGCAUUGGCCAUUAGUGGAAUCUUGGUCAUCCCACAUACACCCUCACCCAAGAUAGAGAGACCUUUGCUCGAACAACUUGACGUUGCUGGCGCGAUUACAGGUGUCAUUGGACUAAUACUGGUGAAUUUCGCUUGGAACCAAGGCCCUGUUGUUGGGUGGCCCACUCCAUACACGUAUGCACUCUUAAUCGUGGGAGUUGCGUUUUUAGUCGCUUUCGCAUUUAUCGAAAAGCACUCCAAGUUUCCGCUCGUACCGUUUGCCGCGCUCUCAAGAGACGCAGCUUUCGUGCUCGCAUGCAUUGCUGCUGGAUGGUCCAGCUUUGGAAUCUGGCUAUUCUACCUGUGGCGGUUCAUGGAGGACUUACGGAAGCAAAGUCCGCUCCUGUCGAGCGCACAGAUUGUUCCCGUAGCUUUUAGUGGAUUAUGCGCGGCCAUCACUACCGGUUUCGUCCUGAGCCGUUUUCCACCUAGCUCAGUAAUGUUAUUCGCAAUGACAGCUUUCACGGUGGGUGGAAUAUUGAUCGCCACGGCUCCCGUCGCGCAAACGUACUGGGCUCAAACUUUCGUGUCCAUCAUAGUCAUGCCCUGGGGCAUGGAUAUGUCUUUUCCUGCGGCUACGAUCAUGCUGAGCAAUUGCAUGCCACGGGAACACCAAGGGCUUGCCGCGUCUUUAGUUAACACAAUGGUGAACUAUUCCAUUUCUCUCGGUCUUGGGUUUGCCGGCACCAUCGAGUCCCAAGUAAACGACGGCGGCAAAGACGUUCUCAAAGGAUACCGCGGCUCUUGGUACAUGGGAAUAGGGUUGAGUGGGCUUGGUAUUUGCAUUGCCGUCGCGUAUGCAAUCAGUAAUUACUACGGUUCCAAGAAACUCGUUCCCAAGAAAGACGCUGAAGUUUGA